AGGGUUGUUACAUUUAGCUCCACAAAUCUUGAACGUUAUCGGCGUAUUAGUACCUUUUUUGCUUUUUUCUACAGCGUUGUACCUCAUCUUAGCCCCUUUCUGUCUUCUUCUCUGAUUCGCCAACUUCCCUUUUGUGUGUUUACUGUUGUUGUCUCCUCUUCAAUACAGUUAUCUAAAAGUAGUACGCUCCACCGAUCUCCCCCUCCUCCUCCAACCCCGCUAGCGUUGUUGACUUUAAGAGGACAAUUCGUCGGUUCCACUCACCCUUUUUUUUUUCUCUUUCUCUGGUAUUAUUCUAUUCGCUCGUUAAACCUCCACCUCUGCACUUCGUUUUCUGUUUUUCUCACCCACACACAACCACAAAAAGAAUAGCAAGAGAAAAUGAAUCAAAUUGACGCGGAGAAGAUGUACCGCAGCAUGGAUGUGCGGCAGAUCAUCACACUUUCCACGCACGAGACACCGCGGUCGGCGCUCUACGAGUACGUCCGCUCCGUCAAAAACGAAGCGACGCAAAGCUCACCCGCCUCGGUGGCGUCGGACGACUCGUUCGAAUCCGACUUCUCGCUGUCCGCCCACAACAGCACCAACGACGUGGCGUCCGACUUUCGCGAAAAGAUGGAGAGUGCCGAGACGCGUGACCUCAUUUACCGGCUGUGCCGCUCGUUGCACAAGAAGGCCCUGCAGAAGACGCAAGGGUCGCGGCAGCAGCGCCACAAACCGGUGGCAGUCGAUGCGAAGCACGAGAAGAACAUGUCGCACGUGGGCGACUGGAUGCCCCUCCUGCACCUCUUUGAUCCCCAGGCCUUCUUUGCCGGACGGGCGGCAACGCCGGCGCCGUUCGACGGUGGCGCUGCGGCGGAGCGUCCGCUCAGCAUGAACGUCGCCACCAGCGCGAAGGAGGCGUCGCUGCUGCUGCUGGGGGAGAUGGACGUGGAGAAGCUGUCGGGCGGCAACAGCAACCACGUGUACCGUCUCGCGCACCCCGACUUCCCUGACAAGACCAUUUUGCUGCGUGUAUACGGCAGCGGCGACAGCGAGGCGAUCGACCGCGUCCGCGAUGUGAUGGCCAUGAAGGAGAUGAGCGAGGCAAAGCUCAGCCCGGCGGUGCUGCACUCCUUCAAGUGGGGCCGCGUGGAGGAGUUCAUGGACGACGUCGCGACCUGCUCGACCGACAUGCUGCUCAGCAGUCCGACCUUGCUGUCGGAGGUGUGGAGUCUGGUGCACGAGAUGCACCGCCUCCCCUACGCGGCGUUCCUGCCCGAGAACGUGAACAACGCGAAGAUCCGCAGCGUGUUGCACCUGGGCGCCGAGGAGCCCCAUUACGGGACCCCCGAGGAGUACUGCGAGGUGUUCGCGGAGUCCCUGAAGAAGGUGGUGCUGGCGAAGAGGACCAGCAGCUACUACACCGAUGACACCAGCAACAAGCUGAUGGAGGACCUGUGCCCGUCGUCCUUCGAGCGCACGUGCAUGCGUUUUCUCCGCCUCACGAACAACCUGAUCAAGGAGAGCUACCGCGCCUCCUUCGUGUCGUUUAUCAGUGCGGAGGUAAUGCUGCUGCGCGAGCUGCUGCGCAAGCGCGCCGUGCCGCUCGUGUUCUCGCACAACGACUUGAACCCCGGCAACAUUUUGCUGGCGUGGCGCAAGGUGCCCGCGCCGCUGCGCAGCCCCGCUAAGGUGCUGACGGCCGACGACGAGGACGAUGAGGUGACGUCGGUCACGUCUGACAAGUCCACCGCCUUCAGCCGCAAGUUCUUGACGAAGCGGGGCCACCACCGAAACCUGGUGGACAUGAAGGGCAUCAUCUUCAUCGACUUUGAGUACUCGGACGUGAACUACCGCUGCUUCGACCUGGGCAACACGAUUUGCGAGCUGGACUACGACUACUCCCGCGGCACCGGCGAGGGCGAGCCGGGCUUCAUCAAAUACCUCUACGUCUUUCCUCCCAAGGAGUACGAGGAGAAAUGGAAGGGCCUGCCGAUGACGUACCCCCGCGCGCAGGAGCUGAUCUACCACACCUGGCGGCAGAGCAGCGGCGCGCCAGGGGUGAGGGAAGAUGCCGCGGACGCGCGGCCGCACCUGGGCCACAUUUGCCUCCAAGCACUGCAGACGUACUUCAACGCCGGAGCUGCCCCAACGGCGGCGAACAGAUCCGCCGCGCCCGUCACGCUCGAGCAGCUGACCGAGGUCUUCCUUGGCAUGUUGUGCUCGCACCUGAACUGGUCCUUGUGGUCCUUCGUCAUGUGCGCGAACCCGGACGAGUGCACCAACAACGCGAGCGACGAUGACUUGUUCGCUAAAGGCAGCAGCGGCUUGGAUUACAUCUACUACGGCAACUGCCGCCUGCAGGAAUAUCUCGCGCUGAAGCAGUGGAUGCGCGAGAAGCAGAUGAUUUAG